AUGAUGUUUACCCCUAGAUAUCAGUUGAGACAAGUUUUGGUUGGGAUAACAAUAGCAUUUCUUAUCGUAGUAGCUUACUUCAGAAAUGGGAGUUCAGCUUCUGGGGUAUACUCAUUAUCUUCAUCUACUUCAACAAUUCCCAGAACAUUCAAUGGGAAGCUUAAAUUAUCACCAUUACAUUCCUUUUGGAAUACAACUCUUGGGUUAAUGUAUGAGUAUGAACCUAAAUUCGAUGUCACUAAUCCAAUCCAUGUGGUUGACCACCUCGAAUCUAUGGGUGGAGUUAGGACCAAAGAAGCAUUAUUGGCAAGGUCUGUUAUAAGCGAAAAAGUUAUUGAAGAAUUAAAGAAAAAACAUGCUGGAAUGCUUAAAAACUUACCUAAAUCAUUGCCAUAUGUAAAUGGUAAGAAUGGAAUUGUUUUCAUUGGAGGGGGCAAGUUUUCUUGGUUGACCUAUGUUUCAUUGAUGGGCUUGAGAAAUACUGGAUCAAAACUUCCUGUGGAAGUUAUUUUGCCUAGUUAUGCAGAUUAUGAAGAAGAGGUAAACUUUUGUACAGAAAUCUUACCUAGGUUGAAUGCUGUCUGUGUAGUUAUUCCAGAAGUAAUGGGCCCUGGUGCAUUAUCCUUGCAAUCUAAGAAGACUAAAUUUCAAAAUUACCAGUUCAAAUCUUUGGCAUUAAUGGUCUCUUCGUUUCAAAACGUCUUACUCCUUGACCUGGACAAUAUCCCUUUGGCAAAUCCUGAUUCCCUUUUCGAAAGUUCGAUGUUUGCACAGAAUGGAAUGGUUACUUGGCCAGAUUUCUGGGAAAGGACUACAUCCCCUGUCUUUUAUGACGUUGCUGGAAUUAAUGUAGAUGAACUGAAAAGAAUUAGAUCAGAAGCAUAUUCAGUUUUUCAGGAUACAGCUUCAAAAGUCUCGAAAAAUAGAGAUGAAGGAGCAGAUUUUGGUGAUAAUAAAGAAAAAGAUAUUCCGUAUCACGAUUUUAGUGGAACUAUCCCCAACCCCUCGACUGAAUCGGGACAGUUUUUAAUUAACAAGAAGACUCAUAGUGAAACAUUAUUACUUUCCAUGUAUUAUAACUUGUACGGACCAAAAUUGUAUUAUAAAUUGCUUUCUUUAGGUGAACCAGGUGAAGGAGACAAAGAUACAUUCAUUGCAGCCGCUCAUGUGUUAAAUCAAAAAUAUUACCAAGUGCACACGAAAGUACGCUCACUUGGAUACUGGGAUAAAGGAGAUUUUAAUGGUGUGGCAAUGAUGCACAGAGAUCCAAUCGCUGACUAUAAAGAUUUCCAAAAAUUUAUCAGACCCAACUUAAAUAAAUAUAAGCCUAUGGAUGAACAAAUUUCAAUACUUAAAACCCUUGAUGAUAAAUACUUCCUGGCAAACAACAAGUUGCCCUAUUACUUUAUGCAUUGCAACUUUCCCAAGCUUGAUCCAUUAGUUCUCAUGGGAAUCGAUAAAUUGUAUGAUAAAGGUUCAAACAGAUUGAACUACAGAAUGUAUAGUGAAUUUGAGUACAUAUUCGGAACUGGUGAGCAAACAGAAUAUAGUGACUCUGGUGUCAAAAUUGACUUUGAAUUACAACAAUGGCGCAACAUUCGCUUUACUUUAUGUGAAGAGAAACUCUAUUUCCGUCAUUUUAAAGAUAUAUCAUACGAUAAUCUCUGCGAAUUUGCUAAUAAUCAAGUAAAAUGGUUGAGCAGCACUUCCAAACAAUGA